CAAUGUCGGGAUUCAUGGGGCUGCAAUAGUGAAAGAGUGGUUCAGGAAGCAUGAGAUCAUCAUUUUCACACAUGGAUUGUUCACCACAGAGUCCAGACCUUAACCUCAUUGAGAAUUUUUGGUAUGUACUGGAGAAGACUUUGUGCAGAGGUCAGACUCUACCAUCAUCAAUGCAAGAUCCUGAUUAAAAAUGAAUGCUGCAUUAACACUGCAUUGAAAUAAAUCUUGUGACAUUGCAGAAGCUUUUUGAAACAAUGUUACAGUGAAUGUGUGCUGCAAUCAGCUAAAGCUAAAGGUGGGCCAACAAAAAGUUAGAGAGUGUGAAGAAAUUAUGAAAUUGUUGUGUCAUCUGCCACAAUCAAUAUUCAGAAAGGGAUCUGGGCUCUUAUGGGUUAAUAACUCAAUCUUGCUUCCACACAGUGAAAUUUACGCUAGUCCAGGAGGUGAAGUGUGAGUGUAAAGGCAGUCUGAUCCACAGGGCUGUUGGUAUGUGAUGACUUCCCCCUGUCAGUCUAUAAAUAUCUGCCCUCAUUCGAGUAUCCUUGUUUCACACCCUCGUCCUGUCUCUCUGCGGAAUAGCCCACGCAGCUCAUGCACAGCGGGAAAUCACUGGAAACGCGCACAGAACUGUGGGCCUGCUCCCCUGAGUGUGUGUGCAUGUGUAGGUGUGUGUGUGAGAGCUUCAGAGUGUGUGUGAGAGAUGGAGGAGCGCGUGUCUCGGCGCUCUGAGGCUCUGAAGGAGCUGAAGUCGCGCUUUCUGGCGGCGCUGCAGCGCGACGACGCGGCGGAGGUGGGGAAACUGCUGCACACCACUAACAUCGAUAUAGACACGGUGUUCGACGUGGAGGACCGCAGCAUGGUGCUGGCCUCAUACAAACAAGGAUACUGGUUACCAGGCUACAAGCUGGAGUCUUCGUGGGCCAUGGGUCUUCACGUGUGUAUGAUGUACAAUUCGUUGGCGUGUGCUCUGGUGCUUCUGCAGAGUGGAGCAGCGCUGAACAGGAAGCCCAAUGGGAAAACUCCACUUCACGUGGCCUGUGAGGUGUCUCACGCAGACUGUGUGAACCUGCUGCUGAACUGGGGGGCUAGGGUCAACAGUGUGUCACUGAGUGGGCACACUCCUCUACACUACUGCAUCACUCACGAGUCUGUGGACUGCGCCAAGCAGCUCAUCCUUAAAGGAGCAAAUGUGAACACGGCCAGCGAGAACAAUGAAGAAAACACUCCACUGCACACAGCUGCACGAUUCGGCAUCUCCGAGCUGGUGGCCCUCUAUGCUGCUCAUGGUGCUGAGGUGGAUGCUCUAAACUCCCAUUUUGAGACCCCCCUGAUCACUGCUGCAUUCUGGGCCAUGGACUCCCGCGAGCAGACCUACAGCGAGGACCACCGCCUUGUGUGUCGGAUCCUGCUGGACUACGGCGCCAACCCAAACCUUCAGGAGGAGGACAAGAAGACGGCCCUGCACAAAGCCUCUUGGAACUGUGACCCUAUACUAAUGCAGAUUCUACUGGAAGGUGGGGCUGAUGCCAGGAUUAUGGAUGUGAACGGGUGUGCGGCGGUCCAGUACGUGUUGAAGUCCUUGCAGUUUCGGCCAAUGUCUAUACCUGAGCGCUGCUUCCAGCUUCUGCUGAACUAUGGAGCAGCCAGAGUCUACCCUAAGCAGUUCCACAAGAUAUUGCAGAAUUGCUACGACUAUCCCCGGGCUGUUGAGGUGAUGGCCAAUUCUUAUGAGCAUCUCAUGAAAACCAAAAAAUGGAGGGCAGCUAUUCCUGACGCAGCAUAUGAGCGGUACAGGAUGUUCUAUGAUUCCUUGUUCGCUGCUUGUACCAACAGUCCACGUACUUUGCAACACUUGGCCAGAUGUGCCAUACGUAUGGCAAUGUACAGACGCUGCGAGUCCGGCAUUCAUCAACUACCACUGCCCCCACCAGUCAAGAGAUAUAUACUGCUGGAACCUGUGGGAAUCGUAUUCUAGACAUUUUGCAUUUUGGCUUUGAAAUGCCGAAGUCUGCUGAACUCAAGCCUCUUUGUCUCAGUCAAAUGUUCUGGGGCUUAACUGUUUUGAGCCUUCAUUCCUCAGUCUCAUUAGUGCAACUGGCUUAUCAGUUUAUAUUAUGAAGGUUACUGAAUAAUAUAGCUAGAGUAUAAGGAACUGUGAGAAUUCUGUCAUAAAGAAGUUGACCUUUGUAUGACAUUGUAUGACAGGAUGGUCUGAUGGAACCUCCUACCAUUGUUCUUCCUGCUACCAGACAAUUCAGAAAAAUAAAUGUUUCCAUGUUUUUGAACUUGUU